AUGAAAAGCCAAUUCAAUCGAUCGAUCGUUGCCGGGAUAUCUGUCUCCGAGUACGAGAAAAGCUCAUACUAUAAUGGCAUCACUGGGGACGCUGAUCACCCAAACCUCGUUUACCGUUCAGACUUCCUCACUACGCCCUUCCCUAAGCCUGUCGGUAGACAUGCCUCUCUCCUUAUCAAGUCGCUCCGCGGUGUCUUCAGCACACCUCUCAAUGGUGUCUGGGAUUCUGUCGGUCCCCAAAUCAUUGACUUGCUAAAUGCUCGGAAGAUCGAUUGGACAUCCGUCGACCCUGCCCGCUUCUUCACCCAUGCACCGUUAGGAGAGGAUCCCAAGGGUAGUCUCGGUCCUGUCGUCAUAUGGGUCGGUGUCAUUCCAGAUUCUACAUCUGCCAAUACUGCCCAUGAGGUCUCCCAACAAAUCCUUACUCUGUUGCAGAAGAAUGGCGUCAACAGUGCUGUUGUAGAAUGGCGCGAGGCAGUUUUACAGAUGCUCGCAGGUCUCCCUCUUAUGUGCCAUGUCGACGUCAGCGAUGCUACGCAUCAUGUCCGUCGCUUCCUCACUCCUCUGCUUGGCACUCCUCUUACAACUGAAGGUAUGGAGGAGGGUACCCUCACACUCUACAACAAGGUGUAUGGUGUUAGCAACUGCCAUGUCUUACGCAAGAAUACCGCCUCUGAUUACAAGUAUACAGACGGCGCACCCCUGCACUACGUUCGAGUGUGCGGAAUGCGUCGAUUCCAGCGAGGCCUCGACGAGAUCACAAAGGCUAUCUCUAACCACAGUUUCUCUGCCGAUUUUUGGACCCUAGACAUUGCCAAGCUACAGGCCAAGGCCAAGGAGAAGACGGACGCAGCGAAUGAGAGAGAGAUCAAGGCAAGGCAACGUCAAUUAGUCAACGAUACCAAAGCUACCAUCGAUCUGCAGGCUCUCCACGAAGACGCAACGAAAUACUGGUCCGACCUCAAGCUCUACCGCAACAUUGGGCACGUUCAGUAUGCUGAAGCUAUCUCGGUUGACGUGGAAGGCGGCACACGAUAUACCUUGGACUGGGCUGCGUUCGUAGCUGAUGAGGCAAAGGUCAAAGAUGAGUUUGAGGGCAACGUCGUUGAUCUCGGAUCCAAAUACAGUCCUUAUGUCCUUACACACAUGUUCAAUCCUCCCGGUGGUGGCUCGACUACAUUCAAGUUCCCCUACGACAGGAAGCUCCGCAUUGAGGGUUGCGCCACGAAGGAAGACCUCUCUCACCCAGAAGAGCUUGACAGCGAGGGCCAGCACUGCCUCAUGGUCGGUAAAAACGGCAACACUACCGAUCUCACUAUCGGACGUUAUGCAAACCAAGCCGGCAUCGAGUCCAUUGAACUCGGUAUAUAUAAUUCGGGCGACAGGUUUGCUGAACCUUUCUCCGCUAAAGGAGACUCAGGUUCCCUUGUCUGGCACUCGACAAAUGACAAAGCUCGCAUCGUUGGCCAAAUCCACUCUGGACAAAAUAAGGGCGGCUCCACUAGCAAUCAUGUCACAUAUUGCACACCUGGCUGGUACCUCCUGAGCCAGAUCCAGAAAAGGUUUAAGUACGCCGAUUUCUACCGCACCACCUGA